GUAAGGCCUGCUUCUUUGAUCUAGACCCGUAGCAAUGGAAAAAAUAAAGCAUCUAGACCCGGAUCAGAUCUGUUGGGCCCAAAAAUAAUCACAAUCGGGUCGACCCGCCUGGUUUAAAAGUUGGUCUCGUUCUUUUCCUCUUCCUAAGCCCUAAAUUGAGUGUGUUCAACCCUCUCUCUCUAAAGUCCAGCGGCCCUCUCCGUCUUACUUGAACAUCUCUCCUUCUCUCUCUAAACAUUUAAAACCCUACACUACGCUUGUUUGCCGGGCUUGUUAAGGUUAUAAAAGAUCUCGCCCUCUUUAAACGACCAAAACCCUAACCUCUAUUAUGGUUUCUGCAACUUCUUUCCCCGUAUGAGGAAACCAACUCUUGUUCUUUUUUCAAAUAACCUUUGCUUUCUCCAUUAAAGGGGUAUAUGUGCACAAUACAAUACUUUUUUUGUGUACUGGCCUAAGGCCUCUUAUCCCUCUCUCUCCAAAUUCUUGUUUUACAUAGUCUUCAUCAUUCUCCAUUAAAAAAGCGUGCUUUUUCUUUGAAUCAGACUACAAUGUCCUUUUCGUUGUUCUAGAGCCUCUAAGUUUCUCUUUGUUGGUGGUCUCUCUCUUGCUCUGUGUUUUUGUUGGUGAUCUCUCUCUUGCUCUGUGUUUUUUGUGGUUAACUCUCUCUUUUUCGUCUCUCCCCUUUCAACCGUAGUUACGUGAUAAGAUAAUUAGUAGUGAGAGUGUGUCUGCAAUCUAUAACUUGAGCUGUAACGUAUGGGUCGCAAAAAAGCCAAUAAAGGAAGCUCCUCUAGUGGUAACAGUAAUUCCAAUGACACUAACAAUGGGAUUCUCAAUGAGCAAGUGACGAAAAUGAGAGUGGAUGAAAAUGGUGUGGAGGAGAUGGAUGAGAAUUCAGCCCUUGAUUCCUGUGCUGAACCCCCUGAAACUAUCAUUGGAAACGAUCACACCAGUGCAGAUUAUUACUUUGAUUCGUACUCACAUUUUGGUAUACAUGAAGAAAUGCUCAAAGACACUGUGAGAACAAAAACAUAUCAAAAUGUUAUUUACCAGAACAAAUUUCUCUUUAAGGACAAGGUUGUUCUUGAUGUGGGAGCUGGGACUGGAAUCCUCUCACUUUUCUGUGCCAAAGCUGGAGCAAAACAUGUUUAUGCGGUUGAAUGUUCUCUGAUGGCUGACAUGGCUAAAGAGAUUGUGCAAGUUAAUGGAUAUGCUGAUGUCAUAACGGUUUUAAAGGGAAAGGUGGAAGAGAUUGUGCUGCCAGUUCCCCAUGUGGAUAUCAUCAUAUCAGAGUGGAUGGGUUAUUUUUUACUCUUUGAAAAUAUGUUGAACACUGUUUUGUAUGCACGGGAUAAAUGGCUUAUUACUGAUGGCAUUGUGCUGCCAGACAAAGCUUCUCUAUAUUUGACAGCUAUUGAGGAUUCUGAAUAUAAAGAAGACAAGAUAGAGUUCUGGAACAAUGUGUAUGGUUUCAACAUGAGCUGUAUCAAGAAGCAAUCCAUGAUGGAGCCUCUUAUCGACACAGUUGAUCAGAACCAAAUUGUUACAAACUGCCAUUUGCUUAAGACAAUGGAUAUAUCCAAUAUGACAUCGGGUGACGCUGCCUUCACUGCUCCUUUUAAGCUUGUGGCAGAGCGCAAUGAUUACAUCCAUGCUCUUGUAGCGUACUUCGACGUCUCAUUCACCAAGUGUCACAAGUUCAUGGGCUUUUCCACUGGGCCUAGAUCAAGGGGAACGCAUUGGAAACAGACUGUUCUAUACCUCGAAGAUGUGUUGACAAUUUGUGAAGGGGAAGAGUUAGUUGGGAGCAUGACUGUGUCACCCAAUAAAAAGAACGCACGAGAUGUGGAUAUUGUGCUCCAAUAUUCAUUAACUGGCCAACGCUGCCGUGUCUCAAGAACUCAGCACUACAAGAUGCGUUGAUAGUGGUGGUAAUCUUGAUGCUGCUUGUCUUUAGGUACAACUCUAUCAAACAACCACAACCCCCCCCUUUCCUUUUUUUAUUUAUUGCAUUUGUACUCUAGAAAUAGAGUAGAAUGGUAGAUCUAGAUUCGUGUAGCUGACCUCAAUUAAUUGAGAAAAAGCUAUGAUGAUAAUGAUUUGUACUGUAGAAACCUAUUUAUAAUGGAUUCAUGUUAUUGACUUUAAACUCUCACCUGGGGGUUGCUCAGGAAUUGGAUGUGUGCAUUCGAUUUGUUUGCUAUU